CAGAAUCAUGUAAAUAUUAUGUUGGCGGCGCUCAAAGUUGGUAUUUGUCCAGCGCCAGUCUGCCAUUUUGUAAAAAAAGAAGGGAGAUAAAAAAUAGUUUUAUGGUGUUAAAGUUUUAUAUAAACGUCGUUGCCAUUUCUAAAAGGGCUCAAAACAAAUGUUUAAAUGGACGCAUCGUCCAUUAUAACUCAAGUGUCACGGGAUGACGAACAAUUAAACAACUAUGGAUCCGACAGAGGAUCGCCUCCCGGUGCACAGCAUAACGACGGUGAUGGAACACCAGUAUCAGGCUCCACCCCAUUGGGGAGCAAGAAGUCGAAUGGAAGUGGAGGGUUUUUACGAUCUCUGCUGUGUUGUUGGCGAGGCGGGCGGGGAAAGGGUCCACCCGGUGGCAAUGGCACAAAUAGUAUUGAUGGCAGGGCUUCGCCCCCGCUCCUGGUUAUGUCAGACCAUGCAGCACGACCACUAUUGCCACCAGUAAGACAUCAGGAUAUGCAUAAAAAAUGUAUGGUUAUUGACCUUGAUGAAACACUAGUACACAGCUCAUUCAAGCCGAUCAACAAUGCUGAUUUCGUGGUACCGGUCGAGAUCGACGGAGCAGUGCAUCAAGUGUACGUGCUGAAACGACCGCACGUGGAUGAGUUCCUUCGGCGGUGCGGGGAACUCUACGAAUGCGUCUUAUUCACAGCGUCCCUUGCAAAAUACGCGGAUCCUGUCGCUGAUCUACUAGACAGAUGGGGCGUGUUCCGUGCUCGACUCUUCCGCGACAGCUGCGUGUUCCACCGCGGGAACUACGUGAAGGACCUCAAUAGUCUCGGACGCGACUUGCGUCGAGUCGUCAUCGUCGACAACUCGCCCGCUUCGUACAUAUUCCACCCGGAUAACGCUGUACCUGUCGCGUCAUGGUUCGACGACAUGACAGAUUCAGAACUUUUGGACUUAAUACCAUUUUUCGAGAAACUCAGCAAGGUUGAUAGUGUAUACACAGUGUUACGCAACUCGAAUCACCCCUACAACCCCACACAGAACAACUCGCCGCCCACAUAGCCGCGGCCCUCGAGCCUCCCCCGAGUGCGCGAGGCGUGCUUGGCCGGCGUGCUGCGCGAGACGCACGUGGGGCACGCGGGGCUCGCGGGGCACGCGUCGCCCGAGAUGCGCGCGGGGCUCGCGGGGCGCGCGGGGCACGCGGGGCACGCGGGCGCGCUCACUCUCCUCGAGACACUCAUCAAGAAAGGAGCGAACUUCGUCUUAAGUGCCAAUUUUGCCUUCUGGUUAGUAAGGACGUUAUUUGUACCUAUUAUACAUUUUAGGUAUCUCCUAGUGCGUAAGUGGUCCGUGUAGGUUCGCUGAGAAGCUUCCGCGACGAGCGUCGCGUUUAAAUCUUCGACUUGAAUACUUUCUGUAUUGUCUAUGAGUAACGAUUCAGUGUUUUAAAUGACUAAAAUCAAUUUUAACGUUUUUUAUAUCGUGCUUGGGAUCAAAUAUGAGUAAGUUAGUGUACUGCGAUCGUGGUCUCAGGGGUUGCCGUUGACGGGAAUUGUUUGACUCGGUUUGCUUCUUUAAUCUAUACACUUACAUGUGAACAUGAAUUUCGCAGACUGGCUGUUAUUUACCCGUGACUUUUAAUCAGCCUUGAUAAUGUAUAUAUUUUUAUCAUAUAUAUGUGAAUGGUAUUAAUCAUACGCGGUAUAUAUUCGACCGACUAUGGUGUACAUAGAGCAUAGUAUUUAAUAGCAGCAGAAUGAUUAGCACUUAAGGUGUACAGUAUCGCACUGGUCUAAAGCCACUGUUACGAUGGUAUCUAUGUAAAUAGUUCAGGAAAUGGAAUAUUUAAAGCACAAAAGUUUUAUUAAUAUUUAUGAUAACGUUAAAAUAUAGUUAUUAUUUAAAAAAAAAUCUAAUAUAAUUUUUCAUUUAGUCUGACACUGGCUUUAGAUGAAUGCUUGUGCAUAAGCAUUGAUGUGAUCAGUUUUACAUUAUCAUAAUGUAUGCACACCGUACAAAAUAUGUACGAAUUUUUUUAUUUGGGGAAUACUUUUUUUUUAUAUAUAAAAGGAAUGUUACGUUAGUGACAGAGAAAGAGAAAGAGUCAUUCGGUACAGUGUCAUAUACAUAUAUAUAUAUAUUUAUAUAUGUAUAUAUAUAUACAUUAAUUAUGUAAUCAAAUAUGAAUUAUAUAUACGGAUGAAAGAAUAUGAAUGUAAGGGAAUAUUUUGAAUUGUCACUUAAAUCGACUGUAUUAAUCGAUAAUUUCAUCAUGAUUGUAAUUAUUUAAUGACGAAAAAUUAAUAUCACAACGUAUUCUAACUAAAUAAUAUACGAUGGAUUUGAUCACCAACCAAAUGAUGAUAUUUUUAUAUAUAUAGCGUUUUGUAUUCACGUUUUUGUGAAAUCAGUAUUUGCAGCACAAGAUAUGAUUUUUAAGUCGUCACAGUAUUAAACUAGAUUAUUAGAUAUGGAUGCCAUUGUACACGAAUAUUUAUUUAGAGUAACCAUUAUAUAUAUAUUUUUUACAUUUUAAAGAGAAUCGAUAAUUGCACACAAAACUGAGGCUAAGGGAAAUGAUACUGCAGUGUCUGUCAAUGUUAAUUUACAAAUAUAACAAAGUUACAAUUAAUUACAGUUUUAGCGGGUUGAUGAUCUCUGCUUACAAUCAUUGAAUAUGACAUUCAUUAGAUAUAAUAAUGCUCAGCCAAUCAUAAGGGCGGUUUGAACACACACAUUGAUAUUAAUGACUUUAUACUGUGUGCUAUGUCAGUGAGUAAAAAUAAACAAACCUUAAAUUUGUAAAUUCAACGCGAUUCACUAAUACCUCUGCCGCUAGUAUGUAAUACUAUUAAUGAUACCACACUGUUCCACUCAAAUACUUCUAUCCACUUUUAUUUUACUUUCAUAUUUCAGAUAACAAAUUAGCCGACACUCAAAACUAAGUUUUUCAUAAAUAUAUAAUGAUUAUUUUAGAGAUCAAUCUGUUCUGUCUAUUCAAGGUCAAAUUAGUUUAUUUACAUUUAAAUUUGUUUAUUUAUUUCCAUUGGAAUAGGCUUAAACGCGAAAGUAUGGAAGUAUGCUCUAUUCCAACAGUAAGAAGAGAAAAGACAAGUAAACAACAUUUGACAGCAAAAUGACGCGAUAUCAUUGGUCGAGAGCUUGAUUAAUCUAUGAUAUUCACUAUGGAUUUGUGAAAAAAUUGCGUUUUGAACGUCGACGGAACUGUUAUCGGAAUUUUGGAAGUAAAAUUAAAGUGGAUAUAAGUGUAAUAGUGUUGUAUUAUAAAUGAAGAUAUAUUAAUCAUAAACUCACUAAAAGUAGUGCACAAUAUAGCUGAGUUAUUAGCAAAACGCAUGAAUUACUUAAAUCUAAGGUUAGUUUAUCUCUAUUCCUAUUUCGAUUAAAAUAGGCGUUUGGGUGUUCGUACAUGGCAUAAAAGUCGAUAUCCUAAUGUGGAAAGUAAUGACAUCAAAAACUGCACUAAAAUUAAAUUAAUUUUGAGUUAAGCUACCGCAUAACAGUUUGUUUCAAAUUGUCAUGAUAAAUAUAAACAUUAUCUAUGAUUUAAACUCAGUAUUGUGUGCAGUUUUCACAUUACCAGCUUGGGGAGUCAAAAUUCAAAAUUUUAAAACAUUUUAUAAUAAGAAUUCGAUUAAAUAAUUAGGUGAAAUAAAAUGGUGCUUUCAGUAUUAGUUAAAUAAGCGAAUCGAAAAUUGUACUGCAAAACUCGUAACGCACACGGAUCCUCUUUGGUUGGUAGUUUUGUAGUGAGCAGUGGACGGUAACUUGGAAGCAUUCUUACAUUAUAUAUAAUAUUCUUAUAUAUAAGUAACUACUCGACUUGGCUUAUGCCAUUUGUCUUUUUUUUUUUUUUGAAUUUGCUUAGCAAAAACCUCGAUUGUUUAUUAUUUUUUUUAUUCUGUAUCUUAAUCAUUAAAUGUCUGUAGUGGAAAUGUAAAUAAAAUAAAAAAAGGAAAUUAUGAUUUCGAUAGUUGAUUUGAUUAAAACUUUUCGUAUUUUACACAUUUGUUAUUUAGUAUAUCGAUGUACGUAUUAUACAUAUUUUUUUUUUAUUAAUAGUUAUACACUAUCGCUAGAAUUGUAACCUUAUCCUUAUAUUUAAAGAUGCUUUGAACUCUGAUCUAUAUGUCAAGCUUUAUUGCGAAUGUCAAACGGUCCUUGACCCUGUUCACGUCUCGCCUCAUCCAUUGGUCCGUGAUCACGUGAUAUUCGUUCGUAGAUAAUUCAUUAAAGUUUUCUAAACCAGCCGUCCCGUUCAUAUCUUAUUGUGUAAUAUAGCUAUGUGCGUUAUUUUCAAUAUGUAAUUCAUUCAUCAAUCGACGUUUAUACUUGUGCGAUUUAUUGUAGCACAAAAUGUUAGGAUUCAGCAGAAAAAAAAAGUUAUUAUUGGCAAUUGAAUAAAAAUAUAAUCCCUGUAAACUUAUCAAUAACAAAAAAAAACUGUUAUUAGCCAUUCGCUUAAAGCGUAUUACAUAACUGUUAAGUAAUAUGAAAAUAAUAUAUUAAAUCGUAGAAGUAUAAAUGUAUGCACUAUCUACGCAUCGGUAUACGUCACCCACUCGAUGCUAAUUCCAUUGUACACAAUCUAUAAACUAAACUAAUUUGACUUCGACACUAACUCGCCCUUUUCAACCUCGUAUGUAGGAAAGAGAGCGCUAUAUGUAUCGCUGUCAAAUUACUUCAGAGAUUGAGUAGAAUAGGAUCGUCAUAUUUAUCACUCAUAAAACCACAGUAGAGCAUUUAUUUCGUAAGCAUUAACACAUAGAUGUAGUAUGUUAUAGUAAUAUAUACGUUGAUUUCUGUAAUUUUAAGAAUUAUGUUGUUCAUAUAAUGUAUAUUUAACGCAAGUUUAUACAUGAACACAAUCAAUUCCCCGUGAAUUGUAUCAUAUUAUACACUUAUUAUGAAAUAAAACGUCACCGAUCAAACGUCCACAUUGUUUAGGAAUUUACUAUCUGUUAAUUUUGAUAUAAUAAAUAAUUAAAAAAAAUAAUAAUUAUGCAUGCAAUAAAAAAUUGAAUUGAUAUUUUUUAUCCUAUAUCUUAAUGUGUAGUAUAAAUUUUAUGGUUUUAACAUUGUAUCGGGAAUUCAUUGUUAUAUGAUUAAUUUUGCGAUUUUUUUUUUAAAUAUUGUAAUUUAAUAUUAGUGUAAGUUAUGUGAAAUAGUGAUUUUUAACGCAAUAACGUUUACGUGUUUGGAUUUUAGCUAACUCCUAUAAAGCGGUACGGAACUCGAUUUAAACGUCCCGGUGCUUUUCGAAACCAAUUUAAACGGUAGCCAUAUUUAGUGUGAGAAAAAGCCAUUAACCCAUUAUUUGGUACAAUAUUAUAGUUACUAAUAUCGUUUAAUAAUAACACAUAAAUAUUAUGCUUCUUUAUAUUUCGUAAUUUAUAAAAUAAGCUCUCAAAUUAUCGUUUAAUUUCAAUGAUUUUCUUUUUAUUAUUGGCAAUUUUGUACAAUUUAAUCGAGAUCAAGUGCUAUAAUGGUCGAGUUCUGUGUUCUGUCAGGAUUUUUAGUUCGCUUGUAAACAAAGUACAAAUCAUAAAUAGAAUGCAGUGGCUAAAUAACGAGAACAUUAUAUAUUUAUUUAGUGUAAGAUUGUGCUGUUUCGUACCAUCUUUCACGUUUUCACGACGAAAAUUAUCGUUUCCCAAAUAUUACUUGCCUCUAGGUUUAGAUGUUUGGGUGAAUGCUGGAUUUUUAUUUUUACACAUUGACUAACAAUAGCUACCCACCUACGUCACUGCCUCGUUAGAUUGAUCCAACUUAUUAAUGGUUGUAGCGUCAGCAAUAAAAAUUAUUUACAUACAAUAUAAUUACAUCAUUGAAAAAUGAAAAUGAACAUUGAACUGAACAUAUUGUUAUGUUGACAGUUAAAUUUCUUGGUGGCUAUUGUAUGUAUGUGAGUUUAUAGCUGACGUGCUUGUACAGUACUGGAUGUAUCAAACACUACUUACAUUUUAAAUAGUAUUAAAAUAAAUUUUAAACUGAUUUUUUUGUCUGUUAUUUAUAUAAAUAUUUUUUAAAAACGAUAUGCUUGACAUACGACAAUAUUUCAUUGUUUUGUAGAAGUGAAUGUUAAGUACCAAAUCAGUGCAAUAUGUUUGAAAAAUUAUCUUUGUUUAAACAGUUUUAUUUGUCAUUGUACUUGUAAGAUUUGAUUACUUAACAAUGAAUUAUUACAAUAAAUAGGUGUUGGCAUAUUGUAGAUAUAUUGUACAGCAUUCAAUGAAGGACUUGUCGUGUAUUUUUAAAUAAAUGUAAGUAUAUUGUACUUCCUGAUAACCAUCCAGGUUUCAUUUUAACUCUGACAAAACUAAGUAGCAUUAGUUACUAUUUUAAUUAUAUUUUUGAAAAUGUUUAAAAAACUUUCUGUACUUUUAAUAUUGUUAAUCGUUUAAAUGUUAUUUAUGUUUACACGACAAGACCUCUAUAAUGGUAUUAUGAAUUUUUUUACCUAUCAGAGAUUAGGCAGGUAAGCGGACGAUAAUUAUCUGUAAUAUUUAUGAAGUGUAAUAGCAAGGAAAUAUGAGGAAUCAAGAGUAAUGGGUAACAUUUACCUGAGACGAAAUUUAUAUAGUGGUGUACAUUUUUGAUAUGAUGUUGUACAAAAGAGACAUUUGGUAUGUUAUUUUAUAGGAAUGAAAUAAAUAGCCUUAAUUAAUAA